AUGAUCAAGUGGUACAGCUGGUGCACACUGGCAAGCAGAGUCGUCCAGGCGAGUGAGGACGAGGCCCCGAAUCCCCUCGUCUUCAUCGUCGUCGCCUCAGAGACGCCCCCCUACGCCCUCGUCCCCUUGCUUCACCCGGUCUUUGCCUCGUCGCGCCCCACCUCUCCUCCUCCUCCUCCUCCAGCCGCCGCACCCUCGUCGCCGCCACCUGUGAGCCGCAUCGGCCAGCUCGUCUCAUCCGUCGCCGCCGCCGCCUCGUCCACCUCGUCCGCCACCUCGACCUCGCCAGCUGCCCAAGCCAGCGUCCGCACCGUCGAAGCCGCAGCCCACCACGUCUGGCUCGGCACCUCGCACGGCUCGGUCCGCCUCUACUCGGUCGCCAGCCAGCACGGCGACGACCAAGAUCGUCAUGCGCCGUCCAUCGAGCGUGUCCUGAGCCCGGGCCCGUCCUCGCCGCCGACGACCCCGAGGCGCUCGUCCAAGCAGCACCAGGUCUCGGCCCUCGAGCUCGUCGACGAGGUGACCGUCACCCCGGCCAAGAAGCCCGCCGACCGCAUCGCGCUCCUCGCCCGCCUCGACAAGUGCCUCGUCCUCUCCGAGGGCGUCCUCACCUUUCACGCCCUGCCGGCCCUCGCCCCGCUCAACGUCCACGCCUUCCCGAGCGUCCGCGGCGUGUCGACCUUUGCGCUCGACGAGGACGAGCUCGCCGGUCGAGGCGCGCCCGACGCCAUGCACGUGUGCGUCUUCAAGCGCAGGACGGUUCACUGGCUCCGCAUCACCAACGACGGCAUCUCGAGCGUCAAGGACCUGCCCUUGCGCAGCGGCGCCCUCGUCUCGGUCUUUAGGCGCGGGAGGGCAUGCGUCGCCGACGCCGAGAACUACUCGAUCGUCGACCUCCAGGCGGCAGAAGCGCUCCCGCUCCUCCCCAUCUCGCAGUCACCCCAUCCCGACCCAUUGCCUCCCUCGACCACAUCCUCCUCCGCUCCCUCCUCGACCACCACCUCCUCCUCCUCCGUCCUCACGCCCACCUCCGCUCCUGGGCCCGACCCGCGACAGCGCCCCGCGAUCGCGUGCGUCGCCGACGGCGAGUUCCUCAUUGCGAGCCACACGGGCUCGACGACGCUCGGCGUGUUUGUCAACGAGGUCGGCGAGCCGUGCAGGGGAACGCUCGAGUGGGCGAGCAACCUGCGGAGCCUCGUCAUCGACGGCCAGUACUCGGUCGCGCUCCUGCACAACCACACGGUCGAGAUCCACUCGAUCCACUCGCAGGAGAUCGUCCAGGUCGUCCAGCUCUCGACCCUGUCGUCCAUCCCGUCCUCGCCUUCCCUUUCCUCAUCUUCGACCUCGACCUCAACCUCGACCUCGACCACGCCCUCGACCUCGAACCCGUCGGCGCACGCACUCGCGUUCGAGCCACGCGCACUCGUCCGCUCGAGCGAGGGCCUCGAGCUUGACGGCAAGGCGACCGGCCGGUGGAAGACCGAGUGGUGCGAGGUCCCGCUGCGCGCUGGCGCCAGCGCAGGUCGCUCGUCGUCGGCGUCGUCGCCGCCAAGGACGCCGACCAAGCGCCAGGCGCCCUCGGGCUCGGGCUCGGGCUCGGCGUCGGCGCAGCGCGCGAGCCGCACCUCGGGCCGCUCGAGCGCGACGCGGACCGGGAGCGCCGUGUCGACGCGCAUCCUCGUCACGGGCCGCAACGCGCUCUACGCCUUGUCGCCCCUGACCCUCGUCGUCCAAGUCGACGCGCUGCUCGAGCGUGGGCGGGCCGAGGACGCGAGGGCGCUCGUCGACGGGUGGGCGAGGAGUGCGAGAGGGGGAGCGGUCGAGAACGCCGAGCUGUCGUACGUGUACCACCGCCUCGCGCUCGUCGCGCUGUCGCAGACCGACUUUGCGCGCGCGUUCGACCUCGUCCUCCUCGCCGGGUGCGACCCGCGCGUCGUCGUGCGCCUGUUUGCCGACCUGCGCGAGGGCGCGCUCAUGCGGGGCGAGAGGGACGCCGUGUGGGUCCCGAGAGGGGUCGAGGACGAGGUCAAGGCGGGCAAGGGCAUCGACGAGUACAUCCUCGACAACCUGAACCGCAACUACUCGCCGCACCUCAAGCCCGACGUCGAGUCGGCCUCGACGACGGUCGGGCUCCGCAACGAGCUGCGCACCGAGGCGCGCGACGCGCUCGGGAGCUACUUGGCGAGGUGGCGGGCGAGGCGACGGGGCGGCGAGGGGGACGAGGGACGAGAGGGAGAGGGGCAGGGUGCCGGCGCGGACGCAGCGGCGAGGGGAGGGGCGUUGGGGAGCGAGGGAGACUCGCGCAAGGUCGACAUGGUCGUCGACACGACCCUCGUCCGCCUCUUUGCCGAGCAGCACCGCCCGGACGACAUCCGGGUCCUCCUCGCCGGCCCGAACGACUGCGUCCUCGCCGAGGUCGAGGGCGCGCUCCACGACGCGGGCAUGCAUGCGCUGUUGGCGGGCGUGCUCAAGGAGCGGGGUGAGACGGGCAGGGUGCUCGACAUCUGGACCAGGAUCGUCGACGGCGAGUACUCGGACCCGACCUUCGCGGACGGCGUGCACAAGGUGUUCGACCUCGUGUGGCGCUCCAGGGACAAGGCGCUCAUUGAGAAGUACGGCCUGUGGCUCCUUCGACACGACGUCGACCGUGCGCUGCGGCUCUUCACCGACCCGAAGCAGCCCAUCCUGCUCGACACGCGCGACCUGUUCGGCAAGAUGGCCAAGGUCGACUCGGACGCCGCCGACCGGUUCCUCGAGGUCACGGUCCUGCAGGAGCGCGACUCGGACGCACGGCUGCAUGCCGACCUCGUCAAGCGGUACAUCGGUCGCCUCGGCGAGCUUCUCGCCGACCCGGAGGCCAAAGCGCACCUGCGCGAGCAAGAGACCGCCUACGCCGCGCUCGCCGAGUCGACCUCGACCUCGACCACCGACUCGACGCCGACCUUCCUGUCGUUCCUCGUGUCGCGCUACUCGGCCUCGAUCUCGAGCGCCGACGGCAACGGCGCCGCACCCGCACACGCCCUGCUCGACCGCGUGCGCCUCAAGGCCAUCCUUUUCCUCGGCCACUCGACCCAGUACGACGUGCAGAGCGCCAAGGCCGACCUCGAGGAGAUUGAGAUCAAGGGCAUGCGGGGCUUGACGCUCGAGAGGGUCAUCGUGUACGGCAAGCUCGGCCUCGACCGCCAGGCGCUCUCGCUCGUCCUCCACUCGCUGCACGACCUCUCGACGGCCGAGACGUACGCGCUCCAGUGCGGCGACCCGCUCGUCGCGGCCGACGUGCGCGCGGCGUCGUCGCUCCUCGGGCUCGCGUUCAGCCGGCGCGCGCCCCGACACGGCGGCGGCGGCGGUGGCGGGUCCGAGGCUGAGCAUGCGCGGCAGGAGAGGAGGGAGGGGCUCGCGAGGCUCGUCGUCGACAUGUGCGUCGCGAGGCCCGACGUGGCGAGCGAGGCGCAGGUGGCGCGCUUGCUCGAGACGCAGGCCGUUCACCUCGACACUCUCGAGGUCCUCACGGCCCUCCCCGACCCGAUGCCGCUCUCGCUCCUCGGCGAGUACCUCUCGCGCUCGCUGCGGCGGUCGCUCCACUCGAGCCAGGAGGCGGCCAUCCUCAAGGCGCUCGCCGAGGGCCAGAACCUCGAGGUGCAGCAGCGGGCGCUCGACGCGCAGGAGAAGUGCGCGCCGGUCGUGCAGCUUGGCGAGGAGGGAGCGGGCGUCGGGCGAGGUCGCGGUGGCGGUGGAGCGGGAGCGGGUGCCAAGGAGCUCGUGCUGGUCGAGGGCAAGGAGCCCGGGAGCAUCCCUGCACGGCUGCACGCUGCCCUGCGAGCCAUACACGCCAGCAAGCCACGCCUCAUCGCGUCGCCGCCGCCAUCGUCGGUCAAGGGCGGCUCUGGAGGGCAGAAGCGCGCGUCGGUCGCCAUCAUCAUCCGCCUGCGACCUGAGCACCCGCCGCCCUCGUCGACCCAGUCGUCGUCGCCGCUCGGCGGCUCCCCCACCUCCCCCUCGCUCCCUCUCCAACCCUCGCCGCCGCUCUCUCCUCCCGCACAAGAGCCGUCUCCUGCCUCUGCAACCGCUGCUGGUCUCGCCGCCGCUCAACAACCGGCUGUCCUCGACCAGCUCGAGGCCUUCUUCAACCAGCCUUGGGUCAACAACCCGACGACCGCCGUCGAGGUCCUGUACAUCAAGCGCGCAACGAGGCACACCGACACCUGGAGCGGCCACGUCGCGUUCCCCGGCGGCCGGCAAGAGCCCGACGACGAGUCGGCAGAGUUCACGGCGCUGCGCGAGACUUGGGAGGAGGUUGGACUCGACCUCGCCGAGAAGGACUGGAUCUCGAUCGGCCAGCUCGACGACCGAGAGAUCACGACCUCGCUCGGCAAGCGCCUCCUCAUGAUCCUCUCGCCGUUUGUCUUCCUCCACACGUCGCCCUAUCCACCGGUCCCCGAGCUGCAAGAGUCCGAGGUCGCGUCGGCGCACUGGAUCCCGCUCGACCUGCUGCACGCCCCGGCGGCCAAGUACGGCUCGGUCCCGAUCGACAUCGCGACGCGCCUCGCGCCCAGGAACAAAGCCGCCAGGUGGCUCUUGCACAUGCUCGUCGGCCAGAUGGACUUCAAGUGCAUCCUCUUGCCGAACGACCCGGUUGCGGUAGGGCAGCAGCUCCCGCCACUGCCGCCCGGCGGCAAAGCUCCCGAGCUCAAGCUUUGGGGCCUGACGCUCGGCAUGACGCUCGACUUUGUCUCGCACAUGACGCACCUCGCGGCGCCGUCCGACCUGUCGACUUACCCGUACGCGGUCGCCGCCCUCGACACGCCGCUCAACGGCGCCGCCGCAACCGACAAUGGCCUGAGAAACAAGGACACGACCGACCUGGCGCCGUUCGCGCCGGCCGAGGCGAGCAUCUUCCCGCGUUUCUCGUACCCAGACAUCAACCUCCUCAUCUGGCUUUUCGCGUUCCGGUACCGCCGCCUUCUGCGGCACCCGUCGUCGCGCGCUCGGUCCCCUUCCACGUCGACCUCGCCCGCUCGCCCAGCAGCAAGGACGCCGUACGCCCGCGUCAACUGGGCGGGCAUGUCGCUCAACGCCUACUAUGCCGCAGUGAGGAGGGCACUCUUGGUCGCGGUGCUCCUGCGCGCGACGGCGGCGCUCGGAGGGCUCGUCGGGAUCGGGUUCUGGUUGAGGGCGAGGAUCCUCGAGAGGAGCAGGAGGGGACCGGUCGGUGCACUGCUGUAG